GACACCUUGUCCAGUAGACAAAACCCGUCUACUUAGGACUCUGCGCUCAUCACAAAUGGUGUUACGGGCGCUCGAGUUUUCGGACUCGAUAUCCGAUUCUCCGUGGUUUCGACAAAAUUUGCAUGAUCACGAAGUGGCACUGGACGACGCUUUCAAGAACAUCAAGCUCAUUGAGAAUCAGUGCAAGGAGCUGAUUGCGUGCACAAAAAAGCUUUCAACAGCACAACGAGCAUUCGCAAAGACGUUAAGUGAAUUCAAGUUUGAAACAGUCGGAACAAAUCAGACAGAUGAUGAACGGUUUAUUGCCACAUGUCUAAAAGAAUUCGGAAGUCUGAUCAAUCAAGUCGAAGAUGAACGAAUGAAACUUGUUGGACAAGCUGAAGAAAGUUAUUUGGAACCAAUAAAAAAGUUUCGAACUGAGGCGAUUGGUAGAACAUUGAAAGAGGAAAAGAAUAAAUAUGACAAAGAAAGUAGCAAGUUCUAUCAAACACUUGAAAAACAUCUUCAUCUGAGUACUGUUCGUAAUAACGAUUUUCGAGCCGCUGAUGCCCAAUUGGAGACUCAACAGAAAAACUUUUUUCAAGCUUCGUUACAGUAUGUGGCAGAAGUUCAAUCAGUUCAAGAACGAAUGCGGUUCGAGUUUGUCGAAACAUUAGGAUCUUAUGUUUAUUCGUGGCUUUCAUUUUUUCAUGUUGGUAGUGUGAUUCAUCAAGAUUUCAAACCAUUCCUUGACAAUGUACAAACAAAAGUUCAAAAGACAAAGGAAAAUUAUAAUGCAACGAAUGCUGAGGCAGAAGAGCUUAAGAAAAAACUGUUGGCUUCUCAUACAAAACCGGGUUCUGAAGAUCGACGACCGACGCCAUCAAUUAAACAAGGAUACGUGUAUAUGCAGGAAAAGAGCAAAAUUCCGAAAACAAUUGGACGAGACGUGCUCCUUGGCAGAUGGACAAAAUAUUACUGUGUCUAUUCCCGUGAAACUCGAAUUUUCACGAUGGUUAGCGCGAAUUCGGCGACAAAGACGGACAUGAAAAGUGCAGUAGCUCAAACGGCGACGUUCAAGUUUAAAUCAUGCUCACGGAGACCUAUGGACAGUAUUGAUAAAAGGUUCUGCUUUGACGUAUGCGUGGAGGAGAAGAACGAUGUUAUGACCAUGCAGGCACUUUCGGAGAAAGAUCUUUGUGAGUGGAUCGAUGCAAUGGAUGGAGCCAAGCAAAAUUCUUAUACUGCCGGAGAGAAUCCAUCGUGUUCCACGUACAAGCAAACACAACUAGAUGAUAUUGGAUUCGAGUUUGUGCAGCAAUGUAUCGACAUUCUGGAGGAAAGCGGAAUCCACGAGCAGGGUGUAUAUAGAAAUUGUGGAGUGACGUCAAAGGUACAGAAGAUGAUGAUGUUGGGAUUGGAUCGGAGAAAAGCCAGUGAAAAGGGCGGUCUGAACCUACGGGAUGAUGAGUGGGAAACGAAGACAAUUAGUAGUGCAGUUAAAACUUUCCUUAGAAAUCUUCCGGAACCCCUCAUGACUUUCGAACUUCACAACGUUUUUAUAAAUGCUGCGAAAAUGGGUGAUGCAACGAUGCGUAUAGAUCAUAUUCAUUUCUAUGUUCAUCAACUUCCUGCUCAACACCUUCGAAUGUUGGAGAUUGUUGUUCGACAUUUGAAGCGAGUUGCCGAUCUGUCAAACGAGAAUCUCAUGACUGUAAGCAAUUUGGGUGUCUGUUUCGGUCCAACAUUGCUUCGACCCAAAGAAGAGACUGUAGCUGCGAUUAUGGAUAUCAAAUUCUGUAAUGUGGUUGUUGAAGUACUUAUCUCCAACUACGACAAGAUAUUCAAAUCAAAACCGAAAUCAAGCUUCGGAUCUGCUGUUCCACCAAAACCCGAUCAUCAUACUUCUUAUGAUAAUGGACGUCCAUUGGCGACACGAUCUUUCGGUACGUCAACACCAUCCCCAAUUACCUCACGUUCACGUUCCCCAAAAACACCAGGAGUCGGAUCGAAAAUUGUCAGAAGUACGCAAGUAGUGUCCAGUUCGUAUUCACGUGGAAUGCAGAAGCGAGACGCGAUGUAUCCAUCUGAAAUUGCUCGUCACGGGAUUGGAUUCGAUGUUGGCGAACUUGGUGAUUUCCAAAUUGAGAACAACAGAUCUCCUCUGACAUCUCCUACCGGAAUAGCGCCACUGGCAAGUGGAAGUAUUGAGGAAAUUGAUGAAGUAGCCAAAAAGGAGAGAAACAGUUCGGAUUCACUAAACUCUCUUGGAUCAUUUGGAUCAGUCGGUGAUGAAUCGACGGCAACCGUUGUGGCGGCUCCUGAUGGGUUCGGGAAAUCAAUUGUAAAACCCAAAUACAGUGUGUCCUAUGCAUCCACAUACAAUCGGAUUCCUGCUGACUCAUCAAAAUUGACUUCAUCCAUAUCAUGCACCACAGUCGACUCAACCGGCGUCGUCGAGACUUCAUUCACAUCGCUGACACGGCAAAACUAUCUACGUGGCACGUUGGACUCAUCAUCGAUGGGAACGACGUAUAAGUAUUUAAGCCGACGCGUAAAAACACUGUACGCCUGCACGCCGGAUCAUCAUUCAGAGCUUUCAUUUGAGCCCGGUCAAAUUAUUACAAACGUGUACGAAUCGAAUGAGGACGGAUGGCUUGUCGGGACGCUGAACGGCAAGACUGGUCUGAUACCUUCGAAUUAUGUGGAGCCCCUUCCGUAGUUUUAAUAAAAUGAAAUCCUUUUUUUCUCUCAUACUUUAUUUAUUUCCAGAUUUUUUGUUUCUCUCAUUGUUUCCAUCUCUCUGGCCAGUUCACUUUGUGAUCAAUCUCAGAUUCGUCCACACAAGAUUCGAUUGUUUUGACUUUCAAAACUCUUAUUUUUAAAAUUCAUUUCCCCACACACACACACAUUCAUUUUCUGAUUCUGGUUAUCCCCCUGAUUCUAGACCAAUUAUUUUCCAAUUGCUGUGUCCGAAUACGAGGUUUCAUGUUCUUCACCCCGCGCACACAUACACCCAAUCCCUUUUCGUCGUAAGAUUCUCUGUUUUCUUUUUAAAACUCUUGAGAUUCUUUAUUCCUUCUGUGCGAGACCCAAGAACCGCACACUUUUUUCGAACGCGUUACGAGUUCUCCGUCCCUUCCCAUUGAAUAGUAUUCCCCCUCUACAUCUGUUCUAUUCUCUUAAUUUCUCGCCCAAACUAUGGCCAAUUUUAAAAGUUAAUUAUUAUUUUUCCUCCAAUCUUAGCCUCUUUUUCAAUCCCCCCCUGUCAAGUAUGAGCUAUUUAUAAUAUUUUUCGAAAAAUAGGAGGUGAAAUAAAUAUAUAUUUAUUGAGUA